AUGAAAAAUUUUAGAAGCAAAGUCCUCCAAGUCGAUGAGAUAGAAGCAGUCCCCAGUUGCCUGUUAGCAGUGCCGAUAGCAGGGUUCAAGAUGGUUACCUUCAACUGUGAGGUUUGUAACGCAACCGUUCCGAAGAAGAACACUGAAAAACACUACUCUAGGUGCCCGGACGCUUACUACACCUGCAUCGACUGCUCGAAGACCUUUGACGACGGAUACAGCUACCAGAAGCACACGCAGUGCAUAACAGAGGACGAGAAAUACCAGAAAGCACUAUACAAGGGGAAAAAACAGAAACCAAAAGGCAAGUCAACGCCAGAGCCCGCGGUUGAAGCAAAGCCGACUCCCGAGGCAAAGGCUCCCGAAGCAAAGCCCGCUGUUGAAGCAAAGCCCGCCAAGAAGAGCAAGAAAACCGCCGAGAUCAAGCUGCCCAAGCUCGAAAAGGGCACGUCACUGUACAAGAUUCUGAAAACGGUCAAGAGCAAGGAUACAAAGAAGGAGCUGCUCAAGCGACUGGUUGUCACGGAGCAGGGCCACCUAGUCCUGCAGUAG